AUGCUGCCAGAGUCCGCCCAAGAAUGCGCCAAGUCUCCAUGGCUCUGGGCAAUCCCUGGAAUUGGGGCCUUCUGCGGCACAGGGACCAUUGCAGCCGUGUACCACCUGGCAGCCUCUGGGGGCCACCUGCCACCAAACUCGACGACCCCUCCCAUCUCCUUCCUUGGAGUGCUGGAGCCAGAGCACACAGUGUACCAGCUCGGCUUCUUGGUGACAGGGUUGCUCUUAGCAGCCAGCGUUCGGCUGUGGUCAGCUGUAUUCGCGCCAUUGCUGACAGCAGCAGGCCUUGAGCAGUGUGCCUACUAUGGCUGGCUAGGUGGCUGGUUAGCAAGCUUUGGCGCAGCAACUCAGGGCCUCGUGACGCUGGAGAGCGGGAUCUUGGGGAAGAUUGCGUCUGCGAGCAGCGAGCUCAGCGUGCAAAGCAAACUUCACCAAGCUUUUGCCCUCUUCUUCUUCCUGGGAUGCAUGAUGCAUUGCGGUUCUAUGACGUAUGCGGCUUUCUGGUGCAGAAACCCCACAUUUGCUCAAUUGAUUGGGCAUCCUUGGAGCAAAUGGCCGAAGGCAGGCUCUAAACGUUGA